AUGAAUGAACAACCCGAUGUCAUUGUAGCUAUUGAUCUAGGCACCACCUACACAGGUGUGGCCUGGAUGACCCAACGCACACCUAUCCAGAUUAUCAACGAAUGGCCCGGUAGCGGCGACCGAGCCGAGCGAAAAGUUCCGACGAUCCUCUUGUAUAACGCAGACGGAACCCUCUCAUCCUGGGGGUUUUCUUGUGCCGACGACUAUGACCCCCACAACGUCAAGGUACGGCAGGAAUUCUUCAAGAUCUUCAUCGAUCAGGAUACACUCGAGGCGGCGCAGCAACAGGGUUUCGUUAACGUACCGAGGUCGACAUCUGAAGCGGAGCGAUUCGCGACAGAUUAUCUGAGGCAGAUAUACGCGCAACUCAAGGAGACGGUCGAGAUGCAGAUGGGGUUGUCUCCGUAUGGGAAUUGGAGACAUUUAGCGGUAGAGUUCAUGUUUAGCGUGCCGACGACGUGGACGAGCCAUUCCAUUAUCAACACAUUCAAGAAAAUCAUACGCAACGCCGGCUUCGGCAUAGAGGGUCCAAGGCACAAAGCUGCUGUCGAUCUUACAGAGGCACAAGCGGCAGCCGUCGCCACUCUGAAGUACAGCCCUGUCAGGUUCCAGCUCGGCACCGUCUUCCUUACCGUGGAUGCCGGUGGUGGUACGACGGACCUCGCGCUCAUGCAAGUCACGUCGACAGACGAGGCCUUCCCCAAGUUAUCGCAGAUGUCCGCUGUCAGGGGCGUGGGUGUGGGCGCGACGUUGAUCGACAGGGCGUUCAUGAGACUUGUAGCCCAGAGGUUCGCCGCGUUUCCAGAUAUACAACGGCUCUUACCUCCAGACUAUCCCGUUCGUUUUGCGCAGAGUUAUGCGUUUAGGAUGGUCAAGCACAAGUUCGGAGAGAAGGCCUACACUUUCCCCGUAUACAGAAUUGCUAUGGAGGGCGUGGCGGCCGAUUUUUCACAUGCGGGACUCGGAAUCGAGGGAGGGAAGAUGGUGUUCUCCUACCAAGAAAUACAGUCCCUAUUUGAGCUACAGAUAGAGGGCAUCACGAAGAAGAUCGGAGAGCAACUCGACUGGCUGAGGGACAAUGGUCUGCCCCAACAAGUGCAAUUCAUGGUUCUCUCUGGAGGUCUCGGAAGCUCCAUUUACGUUCGCCAGCGCUUACAGCAGCAAUUCAUGUCCUUCCCCCACCCUAAUGCGGCAGAGGUUGCAGUCCUUUCUUGCAAAGACCCACAGCUCGUCGUAGUGCAAGGCCUUCUUUUAAACAGGAAGCAACAGAUGGACUCCGGAAACAUAGCUCCAACCCUUGCAACAACCGUGGCGAGGGCUAGCUAUGGCGUGGUUGUUCAAGAGGUUUACUCGCCACAGCUACACUACAACGAGGACGUGAGGAAAGACAUGUACGACCCGAGCAAGAUGUGGGCCAUUAAUCAAAUACAAUGGCUGAUAAAAAAGGGCGAUACCAUCGAUCCCAACCAGCCUAUCGUCAAAUCGUUUGAGAUCCGGCUAGGGCCAAAUGACAUGACCAGAUCUUGGGAUUCAGAAAUCGUCAUGUCUCCAAAUGAACCCCAGUUCCUCCCUAGGAGUCUCAAGCAAGCUGGCGCCAUCAAACUGUGUGAGGUAAAGAGCAACCUCACAGGUGUCCAACAAGAGCAGCUGGUCCUGAGAGAGAAAAGAGGCACCUGCUUCACGCGUGGAUACAAAUUCUACAUAUGUCAGUUUGACGUGAGAGUAAUCGUUGCUCCCGCAGACUUGAGGUUUGAGCUCUGGUUUGGAGGACAGAGGUUUGCAGGCAACCAUGAACCUAUUGCAGUAUCAUGGGAUGACCUAGGAUCAAAGGUCAAAAGUGGAUAA